CGCUCUGGCGCCUGAAAUGCAGUCAGGUGUACAGGCGCUGAGGGCACCCGGGGCAGGUAUGGCGAGCUGGUGGCGUGCGUUUCCACGGGCAGCACGGCGCUAUCCGUGGCCCACUAACGUGCUGCUCUACGCCGGGCUCUUCUCGGCGGGUGAUGCCCUGCAGCAGCGACUGCGGGGAGGCCCAGCCGACUGGCGCCAGACGCGUCGCGUGGCCACUCUGGCCGUGACCUUCCACGGAAACUUCAACUACAUGUGGCUGCGCCUACUGGAGCGCGCGCUGCCAGGCCGCGCGCCGCGCACGGUCCUGGCCAAGGUGCUAUGCGAUCAGACUGUCGGAGGGCCGAUAGCCCUCUCUGCCUUCUACGUCGGUAUGAGCAUUCUCCAGGGGAAGGAUGACAUAUUUUUGGACCUGAAGCAGAAAUUCUUUAAUACGUAUAAGAGCGGUCUCAUGUACUGGCCCUUUGUGCAGCUGACCAACUUCAGCCUUGUCCCUGUGCACUGGAGGACAGCGUAUACAGGACUCUGUGGCUUUCUCUGGGCCACCUUCCUAUGCUUUUCACAGCAGAGCGGCGAUGGUACAGUGCAGUCCUUAUUCAUCUUCCUUCGCAGGAAGGAGGCGAGUGAUAAGUCCCCAGAGAAGUGACGGGUCUGGACUUCCUUCCUAGGACUCAGUUCUGUUUCUUCAUCGGUCUCAAUCACCGGCAGCAGGCCUGCUUCACUGACCAGUUACGGGCUCCAUCAUGAGGACAUUCCAUAGGCCCACUUGAUUUGAAAUUAUCAAUGAUUAUUUUAACUUUUAUCCAAACCUUUCCCAGUCAUUCCAGUCUGAAAGUCUUAUUCUCUGGUAUUUUCACAUCUUUAAUGCUUUGGUUAAAAACAACAACAGUGACAUGUGACAUUUUAGAAGUAUUAAUAUUUCUAUUCUAAUAUAUGGCCAAUUGAAUUUUUUUUUAAAAAACUCCAGUUUAGAUUGUAUUUCUAGCCUAAACUCUCAGGCUGUUUCCUACACACUGUGGAAUCUGAUUGUCUUUUGUUCUUAUAGUAAAUUUCUAUGCAUAUAAAAUUCAGUCAAGAAGGUUGAAUAAUCAGAAAUUUAUAAUAACCCAGAUAAUUUAUAAUAAUGUAUUAUUAUGCCAACAUUAAAAUUCUGUAAGUAGAUGUUUUUAAUCUUCAAAGGAGGAAUAGUGUUGGAUAUAUUCUGUACAGAAUACUUUAUUGAUACUGUCUAUUUUUUUUUUAAAGAAGGAUCUCAGGCUGCCUUGGAACUCACUAGAUACCCCAGCAGGGCCUCAGCUCUCCAAGUGCUGAGAUUACAGGCAUGAACCAUCAUGUCUUACUCUUCUGCUUUUAUAUUAUAUAUAUCCAAGUGCAGGUUUUUAAAAUUGAUGUCUUCUAGCUUUGAGAAGAUACAGUUGACCAAAUGCCCUUAUUCCUGGAUAUAUGAAAUAAAAUAAUUGGUUUCUGAAUGAAUUACAGCAAAUGAAAA